CACCACUCACACGCACGCAAUACAUGCGAAACGAGUAGCAGUUCGAAGUGGAAGAGGAAGAACUCGGCGAAGAAGAAGCAGCGGCAAACUUCGUGUUGGACGGUGGAAAGCAGAAUUAAAAGUUUUGUGCAAAAGAAACGGUUAACCGCAUUCGAAAUUCGCAUAAUCAGGCGCCACAGUUUGCCAGCUCGCAGCAAAGCAUUAAAACUCACCAGGAAGACUGAGGCAAGAAGAUUCCCAGCCGAAGAGCGGCGAUCCCCAACACAAGAAAACGAGAGCGAGAUCGAGAGAGAGAGCCUCCACAGCAGCGGCAACCCCAUCGGCAUCCACAGCGACAUCCAAAGCCCAUCCUCCAGCGCGUCGAGAAGAGAGCGGAGCGCGGCGGCGGCGACAAGGAAGCUAACGCUAAUGAGGAUCUAUUGGCAGCAUGAGUACACUGGGGGGAAGUAGGGGAGAGCGAAAUGCCAAGCCCAAAUUCACAGCGUUGGAUAUAAAUCGCAUGUACAAGAAUAGCCGUGGCGAGUCGAGUGAACCAUCUGCACAAAAGAAUCAAGUGCCACGUAAACAUGGAAUGCAAAUCUUGGGCAAAGUACCGUCCGCUAGGCGACCACCAGCCAAUCUGCCAUCCUUGAAGGCCGAGACCAACACCAGCACCAACAACAACAGUCUCCUAGUCUCAGUCGAAGGAGCUACAUCGGGAGCAGCGGGCGCAGGCGGAGCUUCGGGAACGGGCGCGGCUGGAUCCAAUACUAGCCACAACAACACCACUGCCCAUAGCGGAGGUUCAGGAGCGGUAGGAGCAGGCGGCGGAUCGGUAGCUGGCAGCGGCGGAGGAGCUGCGUCUGUAACUGGCGGACAUCAUCAGCAACACCAACAGCAGCAGCAGCACCACCAUCAUAGCCAGCAGCACCAUCACAACAACAACGUCGGCCUUGGCCUCAACUCUGGCAAGUUUGUGAACAGCAGCAACAGUAGUAGCAUCAACAACAACGCUAGCUCCGGCGGCGGCAACAAAAACUUUAAACUAAUCAACAACUCCGGCGGCGGCGGAGGAGGAGGAUCAUCAGGCGUCGUUUCGACAGGAGGAGGAGGCGGAGGAGGAUCUGGGUCCGGCGGACACUCGGUCAACUCGCCCAAAACAUGGUCUGCCAUUACCACAGGACACGAGCGGGGCUCGGGGGGUCAACACUUUGGCCGCCAGUCUCAGCACCAGCAGCAGCAGCAGGUAGUCCCCCACUAUCAGAGUCCCCAGUUUCAGUACGAAUUCCCCACGCUGGACGGCACAGUUGGCAGCGGCGCCGGCGGCGGCGGUGGAUCGGGUGCGGGUGUAGGAUCAGGAGCUGGAGCAGGCAAGAGCCACUUCCAGAAUCAAUCGCAUCAUGCCAGCCAGCAAAACCACCACCACCACCACCAUCAUCAACAACAACAACACCAGCAUUCGCAGCAGCACCACCAGGGGGGACAACACCAUCACCACCAGCAGCAGCAGCACCAGCACCAUCGGGACUACCACCAUGGCCACGGUCGCCAGUAUGGCCACCACUCGCAUCGCGAUUACAGAGAUGGCAGCGACGACGUCGGCGGAGAGAUGGGCGAACUGAGUCUUCGUCCACAGAACGACACGGCAGCAUGGCUGCAGCAGCAAGAGAAGGCGGCCAAGGAAGCAGCGGCAGCGGCGGCGGACCAGGGUCUCAACCUACAGGGCCCGGGCCACCACCAUCACCAGAUGGCGGGUAACGGCGGUGGCCCUGGCGGAGGCAGUGGAUCAAGCGGCGGCGCCGUGCCCCUACCCAUUCUCUCCCUAAUGCCCUCGUUUAUGCGCAGCGGUGCUCCCUUGCCGGGUUCAGGUACGACAGCUGCCUCGAUCCUGGCCGGCGGUUCCUUGGAUUCGACGGCAUUGCCAAGCGCUCCCUAUCAGAAUGGCAUUCUGGGUGCUCGAUCCGCCUCGCCAGCGGUGGUUGGCAGCAGCGGCGGCGGUUUUCGGGCGGCCGCUGCCAUACCCAAGCGUCCACCGGCCGCCUCCUCGCCAACUGGAGGCUCUCCCACUCCUCCGCAGCAGCAACAGCAGCAGCAGGCUAACGGCGUAGGUGCAGGACGCAAGGACAAGGACUAUGUGGUGGAGCCAGAGGUGGCCCAAAUGCAGCGGCCAAUUAUCCGCGAGGAGGACCUCGAGCGCCUCAAUGCCAUCGCCAAGGAUGACAGCUGGACCAAGCAGGAUGACAUUGACUAUACGAAGAAAUUAACAUUCUCGGACGACGAGUCCACUCCGGAGGAGCACCAGGGUCAAAGCAGCAAACAGCUGCAGUUGCAGGGUUCCUCAUCAGAUCAACGCAAGCUUUCUAGCUCCACCGUUGCCUCCAGCUGGCAGCGCGGCAAGGAGAGUAGUGAGCGCGAGCAGCCGCCAGAAGGAUCAGGACAGGAUCAGCAGCAGCAGCAGGAUAUUCGCCAGCAGAAUGGUCAUCGUGGCAGCUCUGGCAACGUAGGAGCUCCAGUGGCCGGUGGUAUCGCUUUGGAUGCCAGUGUAUACGAGCGGGUGAAGCAGCGCAAGGAGGAGGAGGAGCGCCGCGAAAUGGAGCGCAAGCAGGCGGCAGCCAAGAAGCUGCAGGAGCUUGAGAUGAAGAUGAACAGCAAGAAGGCGGCGGCAGCUGCUUUGGCAGGAGCCGAGGGAGGAGGAGGAGCAUCCUCUUCAGCAUCCGCUUCAUCAUCCAGCGAGGCGCCACCACCGUCCACCGCUCCACUGGGUAACGUUAGCGAAGAUGAAGGCGGAGGCCAGCAUAGAAGACCGCGUGGUAGCAUCUCCAGCCUAGGCAGCGGUGGAGCUGCACCCACGGGAGCAGCUGGCGGCGGAGGGGUGUCUGCCUCCCCGUCGUCGGCCGGAGGCGGCGACUACGGUCAAAAGACCGUUUUCCUCACCCAUUUCCAAUCGAAUUUACCACCCCGUUUCCAGCGUCAGCAGCAACAGCAACAGCAGCAGCAGUUGCCGCGCCUAGAGAAGAGCGCCUCAGCCAGCAGCGCCUUUGACAGCAAUUCCCGUUACCUACAAAAGGGUGGCGUAAGCGGAGGAGCAACUGGUGGUGGAGCAUCGGCCAAUAGCGGCCAGGGACGCACCAUUUCUGGCGGCUAUGCGCAACGUGGAGGCAGCGUCGGAGGAAACAGUGGCGGCGGCGGUGGCUACGGACGCAAUCGCCACGACAGUGCCAGUGCUCGAGAGGAUCAGGAAUUGGAGCAACAGCAGCAGCAGCGAUUUACCCGCGGCCAGGAUUAUCGCCAGGCACAGGCACUGCCACGAAGCAUCUCCGAGAACUCGCACCGCAAGACCAGCGUCUCGUCUGCUGGCGAUGAAUCUGUCGGCGCCAUGGGCCCCGGAUCGGGCUCCUCUUCGUGGGCGGAGCAGACAGACGCCGAGCAAAAGGUUCAUCAUCGACACCGAGAGGAGAGCUUCUCCUCGAGCCACAGUCACGAUUCGGCGGUUCAAAUUAAGAUCCUGCAACGGCCGGCCAGGCAGCCAAGCCUCAGCGAGGAGUCCUCCUCGGCCCAGCAGAAGCCACUGCCGGCCUCGCCACAGCAGCAAAAGUCACUGCCGGCGGAGACCAUGCCCACGCAGAUACUGCGGCGAAGUGUUGAGAUCGAGAAACCCGUCGAGGAGAAGCUGCUGGAUGACAAGUCUUCGUUGGAAGUGGAUGACAAGGCAAAGGUGGCACCGGGCAAGGUGGAGGAGGACAAGUCGGGUAAUAAGCAGCGACCCAGUCCCAGAAGCGCAGCACCAGGUGCAGGAGGAGGAGGAGGAGGUCGUGGAGGACGCACCUAUGGCGGUAGCAGUGGCGGAUCAGCCGCUGGUUCCGUGGGAUCAGGCAGUGGCUAUCGUGGCCAGAGGAGCUCCAGUGACUGGAGCAGCAGUCGCGGCAGCGGUGGUAGGCGUUACUACGGCAGCGGCGGCGAGCAAUCUGAACACUCGGAGGAUGUAGAUGAGGAAUGCUACAGCAGCAGCGGAGGAGGCGGUGGUGCAGGAGGAGCGGCACGUCGCAGCCCCAAAGAAUCUGGCAGCAGUGCUCCUGGUUCUGGCCAGGCUGUCGCCAAUAAGGCUGGCUUCUCGCCCCGCGGUGAACCCUCGCGGCGUGGACGCGGCGGUCUGUCCAGCGGAGGCGGCGGCGGCGGUGGAUCCGCUCCUGGUUACCGCCGACAACCCGUUGGCACUGGUUCCACUGGAAAUUCAGGAGGAGGAGCAGGAACACGCAGCUAUGGCAGGCUCGGCUACGAGGAAUACGGCAAGCAGCAGCGCACCUCCGAGUCGGAGGCGGACCUGGACAAGACCAAGCAGAAUCAGUUGGCACUCAGCGCCGGCCUGCACAAACCCAACAAGGACGACAAGGAUGGGUCCGCCGCCCUCAGUGGCGAGGAGAAGGACAAGACUGCCACCCACAACACUGCCCUGCUGGCCAAGGACGAGGCGCAGCAGAAGGAUUCGCCGGCCCGUCUACCGCCCGGCCUAUCCUCAGCGGCCACAGCAGCCUCCUCUGCAGCAACCACUUCAGUUGGAGCACUUUCUGGUUCAGCGGACAAGAAGAAGAACGACUCCUGCUCGGUGGUUGGCGGCGAGAAGGCUUCUAGCGGUAAGUUGCCCGCCAUUGGCGAAAAGACACCGCUUGGUGCCGUGGGAUCGGGUCCGUCAUCCAAUCUAUUACUGGAAGCCGGCGCUCCCGUCAACACGAUCAUCUUUGAGAACUCCACGUACAAGCAGCAGCAGCAGCAAGCAGCGGCUUCUGCCGUGGUGGUCAAGCCUGCUAGUACGCUUACAGUGUCCAGUGGAGGUGGAGGAGUAGCCGGCAGCUCGCCCAACACUGUGGAAAGCCUGUCCAGCGCCCUCUCCCAGAUGACCUUCGGCAGCAGCAAGGCGACGGGCGCCGGCGAAGACUCUCAGGACAUGAAACUGGGCUUCAGCUUUGGCGACGAUCCAACCACGCCACUCAAGGUGGAGGCCAUCGAAAAGACGCCCAGCCAGCAGCAGCAGCAACACUCCCAGCAGCAGCAGCAAAACAACUCGACGGCAGAUCUCAACAUGAAGAUAGCCAGCGUGAAGAAGGUGUGGGAGUCGGCCACGCCCAUGUCGGAGGUACCCUCACCGGCACAGGUGCAACAGCAGCAGCAGCAGCAACAACAGCAGCAGCAACCCCAACAGCAGUCGCAGGUGGGUUCGCAGCAGCAGCAACAACAGCAGCAGCAGGUUGUGGGCCAGCAGCAGCAGGCUGGCGACGAUGGCGGUGGCCACAUGAGUGCAGCUUCCUUUGUGGCUGCUGCAGUGGCUGCUUCUCAGCACCAGCAGCAGCAGCAGCAGCAACAGCAGCAGCAGCAGCACCAGCAGAUGCCCCACUAUGCAGUAUCGGCGGUGCACAUGCAGAGCCAUCACCACCAGCAGCAGGCGGCAGCGGUGGCAGCGGCGCAGGCGCAGCACCACCAGCAGCAGCAGCAGCAGGCGCACCACCAGCAUCAUGCGCUCUCCUCGCCAGGCCCGGUGCCCGGCGGACAUAGCCAUGGCUAUGGCCAUGGCUCGCCCUUCGAUGCCGGCUCCCUGGAGCAGCAGUUCCAGCAGGAGGACUACCCGAGUCCCCAGCAGGCACACCAGAAGGCCAAGCAACUCCAGCAGCAGCAGCAUUUGGGCAUGUCGCCACCGCCCAGCCAGCAGCAGCAGCAGCACUCGCAGCAGCAGCAGGCACACCAACAGCAGCAGCAGCAGCUCCAAGCCCAUCAACAGCAGCAGCAGCCGCCGUCGUUCUAUCAGGCGUCACCACAGUUCGGCGUCGGAGGCAUUCCCACAAUCCCCAGCCCGCCGGCGGCGGUAUUCAAUUCGUCACAGAUGGCGCCGCCGCCACCGGCGCAGGGCGUUAAUCUGUACGCUCCAUUCCAUUCGCUCGAUCAUUCGAGCCGCUCGCCCGCUUACUCGGCGGCGGCGGCCGCCCACAGCUUUCCGGGCCAUUAUGCGGCCGCAGCGGCUGCGGCGGCAGCAGCCGCUGGCGGUGGACCCUUCAAUGUCAACGUAAACGCGUACGCAAUGCAAACGCCGCACGGCGGUAAUCUGCCACCCACAGCGCCCACCCCGGAUAUGUACUCAAAUCUCUCGUCGCAGUUCCGUUUGGGCGGUGGUCCCGGCCCCGGACCUGGCGGACCCUUUGGCCAGCCCAGUUCACAGCAGCUAAGCAAUCCCAGCAAUCAUGCGGCAGCAGUGGCCAUCAUCUCGUCCAGCAGCAGCUCUAUGAUGUCAUCGGGCGCGGCCAAGCCGCCGCCCAGCCAGCAGCCUAUCGGGGCCAUAGGCUCCAAGUCGGCGGGCAGUGGUGGUGGUCCGGGUGGACCAGGACCAGGACCCGGACCAGGAUCCGGUCCCUAUACCGCCCAACAGUAUAUGAAUCUUUAUGCGGGACCACCGCCACCGCAGCAUCCGGGUCAGGGUGGUCCGCCGCCCGGUGCCCAUCAGUUGCAGUCGAAUAGCUAUUACUCGAAUUCGGCGCCCGGUGGUCCCAGUGGACCCCAGUUCUAUGGCGGACCACCGCCUCAGGGCAAUGGCGGUGCGCAAAGCUAUGGCUUGGCCACAGCGGCUGGGAUGUAUGGUGGCCAUCAGGGCGGACCACCGGGCUCCAAUGGACCGCCUGGACCGCCGCCGCAAUCGCAGCACACGAUGGGCACCUUCAACACGCAGUUUAUGAACUCGCAGCUGCUGACGGCGGCGAAUAUAAAUCAGUACCGUGGCGGACCAACGCCGGGAGCGGCAUAUCUCAAGGGCAGCCAAGGGCAAGGACACAUGCAAGACUCGAUGGGCCGCCAGCUGAAGAGUCCGUUGAGCGCAGACAUGAGCCUCGGCCUGGCCAAGCAGGUGCAGUCGCAGCCCAGUCCGCCGCACCACAAGAACUACGGCGCCUGGGACCUGCAGAACCAGGUGCUCCAGCAGCAGCAGCAAUCUCAACAGCAGCAGCAACAGCAGCGGCAAGGCGGCGGCAACGGCGGCAAUGGGAAUAUGAAUGCCCUUGGCGGCCGUGGAAGCGGUGCCGUGGGCAGUGGCAGCGGCAAUGGAGGCGGCGGUGGCUCCCAGGUGGGCGGCAAUGGCGGCGGCGGCGGUAACGGUGUUGGCAGUGUGGGUCAGAGUGGCGGCGGCGGCCAGGGACGAUAUCCCACGCCUAUCCAAAGACCCAACAACUACCCCCAACAUCCGCAGCAGCAACAGCAACAGCAGCAGCAUCAACAGCGGGAUCAGGCAGCGGCCGCUGUAGCUGCAGCGGCGGCGGCACAGCAGCGCGUCCAAAACAUGCGUCAGGUCACUGGAGGCGGUGGCGGCGGCGGCGGUGGUGGAGGUGGCGUUGCCGGCAGUGCCGGUGGCGGCAGCCAAACACCGGUAGGACCGCCCGGUGGUAACAAUGGCGGCAAUGGUGGACCAGGUGGAGCCGGUGGACCAGGUGGAGCUGGCGGUGCAACGGGCACUGGACCCGGCAAGCCGUAUUAUGCUAACAAUGCAACGGGUGCCGGCGGCGGAGCCAAUCGAGGGGAGUGGCAUGCAAACUGAGUGCUAAGUGGACAUGGUCAACUCCCGGGUCACCACCACCCAAAUACUAGCAGCCCCCACAUGGACAUGGACACGGACACACACAGGCGUUUAUGGAGGGACAUGGAGGAGUAGCCGAGGAGUGGAGAAGCUGGAAGCCAGGAGGAGAACUAAACCAAGAAUCGGAACGUAAAGGAUUGUGAAGAAAAUAGGAAAGAUGAGAAAAGGGAAAGUAAAGUCCAAGCGAGAAGAACCAGAAGAGACCGAGAGAAAGUGUGAGUGAGCGGGGGGGAGGAACCUCUCCGCCACAACCGCAACGCAAGAACAAGAGUAACAAAAAGAGCAACAACCAGAGCAAGUCUCCAGAAAACAACAACAACAAAUAGUAGCGAACAUAAACGCAAAGGCAUAAGUCGAAAGUGAGAUGAGAAAAACUAGUUAAAACAAGGCAGGCAAAAUCAUGUAAGCAAAAUAAUUGCAAGAAGAAAUAUUUAAAGCAAAACACACAACAACAAAAACACAACACUACACAUACACACACCCACACACAACCACGUGCAUAAAAUCUUCAUAUAUACAUACAUACUUACAUAAAAUAGCAGUGUAUUUUUUGUCAAACAAAUUUACAUAAUAAUAUGUUACUUUUAUAUUACCUUUAUUAUUUUUUUGUAGUAGAUUCUCUUUCUCUCUUUAAACAAACAAAAAACAAAACGAAAAAGCAAACAUAAUGAACCUUUGGCACUGCGUAUCCUUUAAUUUUUUUAUAUAUAUAUAUACAUACAUAUUGUUUAACUUUUUUGCAAACAACAAAAAAAAAAUCAACUAAUAAUUCUAAUUUAUGUUUAUGCUACAAUAUACAUUAUAUAUACAAUCUAUCGUAUCUAUCUAAAUAUCUAUCGAUAUCGAUCUAUCUGUGUAGACAGGCGAACCAGACAGAGACAAAGGCAGUGUGUGUGAGAGAGAAGGUGGCGAAAAGGAAGGUGGAAUGAAACAGAAGGAGAGAUCGAAUGAGACAGAGACAGAGAUAUGGAGAGUAAAGGAGGGAGAGUUUGUUUAAGCGCAAAGUUAAGUUCAAAAAGUAAAACAAAUACAUACAUAUAGAAAUCUUGUCUUAUAAACAACAACAGACAAUUGCGUCACAAAUUGUACUCUGCGGGCUCCUAUAUAAAAUACACACACUGUUAUAAAUAUAUAUAUAUAUAUAUAUAUAUAUAUAUAUAUAUAUAUGAUGACAGAACCCUGAUCCUCUAAAAUAUGGGAAACGAAAAAAAAAACCAAAAUGGAACCAAGCUUCUUAAAUUUGAAAAAACAAAAAAGUGUUCAGCGCAAUCGCACACGGGUGGCAACGUUGCCGCCGGCCAGCAGCCAGUGCUGCCACCUCGGCCGUUUGCCGGCGAUAAUUAGCAAAAGCUGCAAUCGAAAGGAGAAAAAAAAAGAUCGAACAUAAAAAAUAUGCUCAAGGUAGUAGGGGAGCGUAACGCAAUGCGUUACGUCACAUAACGUAACGCAAACAAAUUGAAAUUUCAACAAUUUAUAUAAAUGUGUAAUUCAUUAUGUAACUGUAACUUAACAAGGAUAUGAUAUGUAUGGCAUAAACUAAACACACACACACACACAUACACUACAUAUACAUUAUAGAGGCAAAAUCCAAGCGAAAACAACAAAAAAAACAAAAGGGACAAACAGCAAACACUCCAAGCAAACAUUUUUAACGAAAAAACGCGGAAGCCCACACACAGUAAUUACCAGUAAUUAAUACAAAUUAUCCUCGUGACCCGCAAAAAAUUAAUAAAUAAAUUAAAAAUAAAAACGAGGCACGGGAUCUCCUUCAAUUCCCGAAGCCAACCCGGUGAGCGGGAUCCCUGUCACGCCCUCGGGAUACCGCCCCCCCUCCCACUAAAUGUAGUAGAAUUCAUAAAAUAAAAGCAAAGCAAAAUGAAUGAGGAAAAAUUUAAAAAAGAGAAAAAAAAAAUAUAAGAAAUAUAUAUAAAACAAAGGCAAAAGCAAGGCACUUUCCGCUAGGCUGCUAACAAAACAGAAACAUUAUUUCAAAUGGCAUCAAAGUGCAUAUAGCGAUAUUAAUUACUCCUCACACACACACACAGAAACCCCCUACACACACACACACACCCCCAGCCACGCCCACACAAAAUGGGUUAUUUGCUAAGCCAGGCAAUGUUUAGUUAUUAAAAAAAAAACAAAGAAAGAAACAAGAAAUCGAAAGUAAAAAAAAAACACAAAUUAAAUGAAUGACAAGUAUAUAAACAUUAACGUAAACGUAAACGAAGCAAGCUUGCUUUCACACAAUACAUGUAAAAGGUAUAUUAUAGCAUAUAUAAUUGAUAAAUGAUAUAAACAUUAAUUUAUACCUAUAUUUUAAAAUGCAUCGUCUCUGGUUUUUCGUCUCCACCAAAACGCGCGCGCAGACAAGACAAGGAUAGCGACAGCA